AGUAUGAGCCGUGUGGUAGUGAGACGGGCCUUCCACACAAGUGUCUGCCUGAAAUCACGUCUCGACUGACUUCGCAGCACACGCGCUUAAUGUGAGGAGAGGGGACAAAAAAGUGCAACGUGCCUCACAAGAAGACCCUCCUUUUGGUUGCGACCUUGAGAGGAAGGAAAAAGUCAAGCAGUAGCGCUCUAACUACCAUAAUAACUCGUAGCGUGAAGGAGGAAUAGCUUAGCAACUGAGUCCGACUUCCUGGGGUGCAUAGGAUUAGUCUCCUAACACUAUGUACAUGGACAUGCAGCCGCAAGGACAGCAAGCAGACAUGCCAGCGUUUCAACCUCCGAAACCAAUGCAGCCGGACAUGGGCUACAACUCAUUGGCAAACUUCCAGAUUGAGAAGAAGAUUGGCCGCGGACAGUUUAGUGAGGUGUACCGAGCUCGGUACAUACUAGACAACACACCGGUGGCCCUGAAGAAAAUCCAGAUAUUCAACUUGAUGGAUGCCAAAGCUCGGCAAGAUUGCAUCAAAGAGAUAGAUCUCCUUAAGCAACUGAACCACCCUAAUGUGAUUAAGUACCACGCAUCUUUCAUCGAGGACAAUGAACUGAACAUAGUCCUGGAGUUGGCGGAUGCUGGGGACCUCUCUCGUAUGAUUAAUCACUUUAAGAAUCAGAGGAGACUGAUCCCAGAGAAAGCGGUGUGGAAGUACUUUGUCCAGGUCUGCAGGGCGCUUGAACAUAUGCAUUCUCGGAGAGUCAUGCACAGAGACAUCAAACCAGCCAAUGUAUUUGUCACAGCCACUGGUGUGGUGAAGCUAGGAGACCUGGGACUGGGAAGAUUCUUCAGCUCCAAAACAACUGCUGCUCACUCUCUAGUGGGUACCCCUUACUACAUGUCACCUGAGAGGAUACGUGAAAAUGGCUACAACUUCAAAUCUGACAUCUGGUCGCUCGGAUGCCUUCUCUACGAGAUGGCUGCCUUACAGAGUCCCUUCUACGGGGAUAAGAUGAACUUGUACUCCCUUUGCACGAAGAUUCAACAGUGCGACUACCCCCCUCUUCCCUCAGAUCAUUACUCACAAGAGCUCAGGGACUUGGUAGACACGUGCAUCAACCCGGAUCCCGAGAAGAGGCCGGACAUCACUUACGUGUACGACAUUGCCAAAAAAAUGCGGAACAUGACGCAGGGCAGAUAAGCCCCGAGUUACACACACUAUGCCUCGCAGAACUCCUUCCUUCUUUUUCCCUUCAUGCUUUUCAUGCUGGACUUGUAACACAUCUGUCAGCUUUUGUAUAAGGGUUUACACUUUGGUUGUUUGUGACAGUACAUGUAUUAGAAGUUUAUUGUUAAGACUAUUAAACAAAAAAAAGACUGACACUAGGGCUGCACAUCAAAAUUCAGCUGUUCAGAUAUUUGUCGGUAUAACAGAAAUAUUACUUGUUUUUCUUUUAUUUCCUGCAAACGUACACAGUCUCAGCUGAUGCAGCCUGGUGUCCACCUCACUCACAGCGAUGUGUUCAUGUUCGUUUACCUAUCCGGAGAUUCGGAACACCUUAUAACUUUAGUUUGUAAAAUAGCUUUUCACUUCAUCAACACUAUAGUUGUAUAAAUGAAGCCAUUUUCUUCCUUGCGUCCAAGAAAAACCAUUUCCGAAGACUUUGUUUCUUUACCAUGAAAUGAAGCCUUUUCUGAUGCUGAUUGAAUUUGAUUUUGCAAACCUGAACUGCAGUGAAAUGUGUAUAAUUAGGAUUUAAUAAUAAAAUAAAAAGGUGAAAUGGGGCACAGCAGAAGAAGGAGGUUACACUCCAUCAGAACUAAUCUGAUAGAAGGGCCAGGUCAUGAGGUUGAGCACUUAGUAACUCAACUUUCAGUGAGGAAGUCGUUUAUUGUACGUCCAUUAUUGAGACAGUUAGAGAUAACUGUCAGCACUCCUCUGUGUGGUUUUUAAAAGCAUUUACUGACAGAUGGCUCUCAUCCUCCAGAAUUUAGAACUUUUUUUUCUACAAUUGGAAGGUAAAUUAACAGUUUAAUGUAUAUUUUUUCUGUUGAAGAAUUAGCCCUAUCAGCGUUGGUUUCGUAUUUCUGUCAGUAUCAACAUUCAAACAGCCUCCUUUUUUUAUUUUUAGAAUAUGCUUUACUGUAAAUGCUUGUUUUGUCCUUUUAACCGUCCAUUAUUCAGCAGCUUUUAAAAUAAAAAUUAUUUCAAUUUUAAAAUACGACCAAUAGUCGGUAGAAGUUUUACUAAUAAAUGUGGCCUUGUUUACUACUUUUGUGAAACAGCAGAAAAAUUAACAAAAAGAAAAAAGCUACAACUGGAGUAGCAGUAUUUUAGACAAAAAGAAGUGUUCCACUUUUCACUCUGGUAUUGGAGGGUGAUGGGGUCUAAUGAAUGUAUUAGAGAAGAAAGGGUCUUUGGAGGACAGUGAGCAGACGUGUUUUAGGGAGAACAUGUACGUCUGACAGCCCGUAGAUGGAGACUCUGCAACGAAGAGGCAGUUCGAUGUGUUUAGUGUUUACCUUUCUUCUGUCACCAACAUGUCUCCUCCUCAGCUUAAGCUUCGCAAACUGCUGUAACAAAGCACAAGGUGUCUUGGGGUGUUGGCGAAAAGAAAUUAUGGGAGAGCAUAGAAACAAAUUUAGGAGACUAUUUUUGUAGUUUGAUAUGUACGACGUAGUAUUAGGGUCACCAUAACAGUCAACAAUAAAUAAGUAAAUGAGAAUAAAAUUGUAAAAUUAUGAAAAUAGGCUAAAUUGUAUAAGAAUAAUUUAUAAUUUAAAAGAUAAAUAAUUAAAGGGCUAUACUUAAGCCAAAUGCAUUAGAACUAUUAUAUGGCAUAACCAUAAAUUAUUGCAUUGAUGGAUUUAGUCAACAAGUAAUCUGGAUGGAGCAACUUUAUCUUUGAAAAAGUUUUUACUUAUAAUUUUACAAGUCUAUUCUUGUAGAUUUCUCCUCAUACUUUUACAAUUUUAUUAACGUAUAUUAAUUUUGUUUACUUAUUUUUAUGGUGACCCUAAUACUCUGUCGUAUUACAUUCUGAAUCCAUCUUGCUUUAAACUAUAUCAGGUGAUGAUGGAUCUUUUCUUUGUGUUUUGCCAUUUGUGCCUGGAGUUGUACCACAAAAGCCUAGCCAAGGACCCCCUCUGAAACCAGAAUUAUAUGCAAGUAAUAUUCUUUUAAUUGUGCAUGUCUAAUAGAAAAUAAGCAACCAAAAGAAAAAAGGGGAAAAACAAGCCAUUUUAUGGAAAAUGUGUUGUAGUAAAAGAAGAAAAAGAAACAUCUAAUGAUGGUUUGGUGACCUUUUGUUUGUAAGAAAAGAGGAUUGAUAGUGAAUCCAGUGAAAGGGUUUACACCAGGGCGCCAUUAAUGACCUCUGGACUAUCAGGCAUGCUGGAUAUAACGCCGGGUUCACACCACACGCGGAAGUGAGCGGAGUCCGCACGAUAUCUGCUUCACCUCCAGUUCACACCAGGCAUGUAUUUCUCCGUGACAGUCGACAGGCGCUUCUGCUUUUUUUUUUUUUGCCAUCAUGGGUAAGGACAUUACCUUAAAAAUAUGACACCAUGUUCCUGUUACCAAGAAGUUACCACAGCCUCCCAACACUUGUCCUUUUCCAUGCUGUCCUUGUAGAACGUGGUGGGGGUCGUAUGAAUCCCUGUACUUCUCCACUUCUACAAUUCAUUUGAUGUUGUCCAUCUGGACUUGUCGCCAAAUGCUCUCUGCCUUUUCCCACCACGUUGUAUGCGUCUGUUUGUUUUCAAUCUCUAAUCUGUUUAGAUACAAAAAUAUGAUCGCUGUAUUUUAUUGUGGAAAAAUUGGUUAUAUUUUCAAAAAUUGACCGGAUUUUCCGUGUGUCCUGGUGUAACUUCCUGCCAAAAUUGACACGAAUAACUCCCAAACGGUAAAACGAUGGCUGCACGGCACUUGACAUCUGGUGUGAACAACACUAUAGAUUGACAAGGGCACUGAAUGGAAGCGGCCUCCGUUCCGCGUGCGCUGUGAACCCGCCAUAACAAGCAUGUUAAACAAAGUAAAACAUUUGAAAUACUUUUUUUGGUCUAGUAGUCUUUUAACAGAGAAAACCCUGUCAAAUUUUUAUGGAACCUUCAAGACGCUCUAUAUAUGAUGUUUUUUUUCUUUCCAAUAUGUAUAAUAAACUCAAUUAUACCCGAAACAUGCAAGAAAAUAAUGUGUUUAACAGUAGUCUGCAGAUUUACAGCAUAUAAAGCGCUUUGAUGUUUUUAUUUGCUUAUUUUUUCUUUCUUUUUUUACAUCACUGAAAUUGUUUAUUUUAUUUCAGUGUUUCUUUCGCUUUCUGUGAUUUAGGUCAUGGUUCUGAUGAUGGUCUCUCAGUGCUCUCAUGUUUAAGAGCAUCCGAAAACACACAUUUCAGUGUCAUGUUGAACAUGUCUGGGAACUGUUGCUUUAAAGCACUUUUUAGAUUUUAGAAAUAAUGUUGUGAUUUGGUACAGGAGUGAAAAAAUGGUAAAGUAGAUUAAAAACAAACUAUUUUGUAUUUUGGCACAUUUUGGGGGAAAUAAAAGCACCUAAAUGCAUUUACAGAACCAAAGAACCAUAUUUAGUUAGAAAAGAAAAGCUAGACAGAACGUUUGUUUACAUGAAAAAGUGGAGAUUUGUAUUAUUAUUUGAAUCUUUACAAAUGGGAUGUUUUAAUACUCGCAGAGCUGUGUCACUUUAAGUAUUGGGUCACUUUUUUUCUUGAUGAUUUUGUGGGUCUGUAUGUUCUAUGUGACAGUGUCUGUACCAGCUGUUAUACUUCUCUGCAUGCCCUUGGAGAUUGGUGUUAAAAAGUAAAAAUAUUAGCAGUUAAUAUUUAUUGUCUUCGUGUCUUUAGUUUUUGUUUUUUUUCUGUUUUUUGUCAAAUAUAGAUAUUACACUCCCUGUAUUCAAACUAAAUCUAAUAAAGCUUUUAAAUUCCUUUGA